GCCGGGCAGCGCGGAGCGGGCGCGGGUUCUCCGCCGCUGCGGGCAGGUGCGGGCGGCGGCACCGGCGGCACCGGCGGGGGGGCCCGGCCCGCCGCCAGCCGCGAUUGGCCCGGCCCGGCCCGGCUCGGCCCCCUCCGGGGGGGGCCCGGCCCGCUGCCCCCGCUCCCAGGGCCGCUUUUAACCCCCGGUGCCGGCGGGGCUGCUCGGCUCUACCGGCGGCGAUGAGUCCCGGCGCGCCCUGAGCACGGAGCAGGUCCAGGAUGGUCCCUGUGAUGGGGGAUGCCGCCUGCUGGGUCCUGCUCGGGCUCUCCCUGCUCCCCAUCGCCGUCCUGGGCUCGCAGGACGAGGGGAAGGUGAUCCACAUCACGCGGGUGCAGCACCAGGCGGUGCGCGUGGGGCUGGGCGAGCCCGCCACCCUGCCCUGCCUCUUCCUGCUGCACCCCCCGGCCUCGCUGGGCCCCAACGAGCCCCCGGAGCCGCCGCGCGUCAAAUGGAGCAAGGUGCGCUCGGCCGGCGGCCAGCGGGAGGACGCGCCCGUCCUGGUGGCCAAGGAGAGCGCCGUGAAGGUGGUGCGGGCCUACGAGGGCCGGGUGGCGCUGCCCGGCUACGGCCGCGACCGCUCCAACGCCUCGCUGCACCUGCGGGCGGCCCGCGCCAGCGACGCGGGGCUCUACCGCUGCGAGGUGGUGGCGGGCAUCGACGAUGAGCAGGACCUGCUGCCGCUGGAGGUGACGGGCGUUGUGUUCCACUACCGGCCCGCGGGCGAGCGCUACGCUCUGAGCUUCCCCGCCGCCCGCCGCGCCUGUCGCGACAACUCCGCCGUCAUCGCCUCCCCCCAGCACCUCCAGGCCGCCUUCGAGGACGGCUACGACAACUGCGACGCGGGCUGGCUGAGCGACCAGAGCGUGCGGUACCCCAUCACCCUGUCCCGGCCCGGCUGCUACGGAGACCGCGAGAGCCUCCCCGGCGUGCGCAGCUACGGCCGCAGGGAGCCCGAGGAGCGCUACGACGUGUACUGCUACUCCCGGGAGCUGCGAGGGACCGUGUUCUACGCCACGGCUCCGGGGCGCUUCACCUGGCAGGGCGCCCGCCGGCACUGCCGCAGCCGCGGGGCAGCGCUGGCCACCACGGGCCAGCUCUACCUGGCCUGGCGACAGGGCCUGGACCAGUGCGACCCGGGCUGGCUGGCGGACGGCAGCGUGCGCUACCCCAUCCGCCAGGCGCGCCCCAAGUGCGGGGGCGAGGCCCCGGGCGUGCGCACCCUCUACCAGUUCCCGAACCGCACCGGCUUCCCCCCCGCCGCCUCCCGGUUCGACGCGUACUGCUACAAAGCCGCGGGUCCCGGUGACACGGAGCCGCCGGUGCUGCCGGUGCCGCCCACGCCCGACCCGCCGGGCAGCGACAACGUGCUGGUGGAGCACGGCGAGGACCCGGGCACGUCCGGGGACACCCGCGACCGCCACGACCUCCUGUCCCCGCCGGGGCCCGCGGCGCCGGGCGGCGAUGAGGACGAGCAGCUGCGGGCGGGCGGCAGCGCGGGGACACCGCGCGGUGACCGCCCUGGCACGGCCCCGCCACCGGCACCGGCGGCUCCGGGGCUGCCCGCGGGCCGUGCCGCGUCCCCGCCGCCCACCGCGGCCACCGCGCCGGCCUGGCCCCACGAGGAGGAGCCUCUGAACGUGGUGGAUGCCGAGAGCGCCUGGCGGGACCCUCCGAGCGCCAGCCCGGCCCGAGGAGACCCCGCGGGACCCCCGGGCACCCUCCCGGCCCAUCCCCACGGCCCAGCCCCGGAGCGCAGCCCCGGCCCGUCCUUGUCACCGCCUGGGCUGGGCACGGUCCCCAGCGCGGCCCCGGAGCCCCCCGGCACCCUCCCAGGCAGCUCCAGCGCCCCGAGGCGGAGCUACCCCGGCCUCAACGGGCGCUACUUCCAGCUCCAGCGGCACAGCCGGGACCCCGCGGUGACAGCUGGGGACACCGCUGUGACCACGGGGAUUGUCACCUCCGGGGACCCCGCGGUGGCAGCGGGGAUCGUCACCCAGGCCCCCGCGCUGGCGCAGGAGGUGCGGGGAGCGGCAGCCAACGCCGUGGAGCUGUGGAGCCCCCCCGGAGGCGGCAGCGAGAGCCCCCGGCGGGAGGGUCCGCACGCGUCCCCCAACGCGCUGCAGGAGGACCCCAGCCCCGGGUUCGCGGCCGCCGCCACCGCCCCGGCGGAUCCGGGGACCCCCGCGGGGACCCCGCCCGUGCCGCCGCCGUCCCCCGCCGCUCCCCGCGACGCUCGGGGACACCGCGACAUCGCCGGCGCCCGCGGGGACUCCCCGAGGCCACCCGCGGAUGGCGCCGAGGACUUCUCCGGGGACGGCCCGUCCCGGGAGGGCGGCGGCUCCGCGCCCCCGCUGCCCCCGCUGCCCCCGGCCCCGCUGGUGGCCGAGGGUCCCGAGCUGCCCCCGCAGCCCCGCGGGGACGGCGGCGACGGCAGCGGGGCCGCGGGGGACGGCGCGCUGGAGCGGCAGAGGAAGGCGGUGACGUUCCUGGAGCCGGAGGGUCCCUCCGAGGGACACCCUGCCUCCCCCGGCCACACCGAGGGGGCUCCUCCGGGGCCCCGGGACCGCUCGGGCCCCACGGUUCCCAACGGGGCGGCAGAGCCCGGCCAGGAGCAGCCGGAGGAAUCCAGGGGUGUCGGGAAUGGCGCAGCCGAGCCCAGCACCGAAACAGCCGCGUUAUCCCCGGCCUGGGAUGUCCCCUCACCGUCCCCGUCCCCCGCGGGCACCGAGGCGCUGCCGUGGGCCGGCACCGAGCGGCCGGAGGAGCCGGCGCUGCUGGAGCCGGGGGCCGAGGAGGGCUCCGCAGGCUUCGCUCCCGCAGACCCGCAGCCCACCCAGCGCUCCGAGCCGGGGCCGGGGGCGGCCGAGCAGCUCCUCCUGUCCCCCCCCGCCACCCCCGAGCCCCCAACCCCACCGGCCCCCGGCGAGGAGGACGCGUCCGGCGAGCCCAGGCGGGAGGAGCCCCCCGCGCCCCUCGGCUCCGCCACCCGCGGGCCCUGGCCGCCCCCCGGUGCCCCCCAGGCCGGGGGGACCGAGCCCGCCGGGUCCCCGAGAGCGGGGCUGCUCCCGGAGCCCUCGGCGGAGCCCGAGCCGGGGGGCCCGGGGGGGUCCCCGCUGCUGGACACCGACAGCGGCAGCGGGGAGGAGCCGGCGCUGGACGAGCGGGAGCUGCUGGCCUGGGCGGGCACCGGCAACGCCAGCGGGCACGCGCCGCCGGACCCGUGCCAGAGCAACCCGUGCCUGCACGGCGGGACGAGCCGCGCCAACGGCACCGUGUGCGGCUGCAGCUGCGCCCCGGGCUUCACCGGCGAGAACUGCGAGAUCGACAUCGAUGACUGCCUGUCCAGCCCGUGCCAGAACGGCGGCACCUGCAUCGACGAGGUCAAUUCCUUCGUGUGCCUCUGCCUGCCCAGCUACGGCGGCAGCCGCUGCGAGAAAGACACCGAGGGCUGUGACCACAACUGGCACAAGUUCCAGGGCCACUGCUACCGCUACUUCGCCCGCCGGCGCUCCUGGGAGGACGCGGAGCGCGACUGCCGCCGCCGGGCCGGGCACCUCACCAGCAUCCACUCGCAGGAGGAGCACGCCUUCAUCAACGGCUUCGGCCACGAGAACACCUGGAUCGGCCUCAACGACCGCAUCGUGGAGCAGGACUUCCAGUGGACCGACAACACCGCCUUGCAAUACGAGAACUGGCGGGAGAACCAGCCCGACAACUUCUUCGCGGGCGGCGAGGACUGCGUGGUGCUCGUGUCCCACGAGAUCGGCAAGUGGAACGACGUGCCCUGCAACUACAACCUGCCCUACAUCUGCAAGAAGGGCACAGUGCUGUGCGGGCCCCCCCCGGAGGUGCCGAACGCUUUCCCGGUGGGGAAGAGGAGGGAGAGGUACAACAUCCACUCCAGCGUGCGCUACCAGUGCCACGAGGGCUUCACCCAGCGCCACGUGCCCACCAUCAGGUGCCACAGCAGCGGCAAGUGGGACCGGCCCAAAAUCCUCUGCACAAAACCCAGGCGGUCGCACCGAGCGCGGCGGCACCGGCGGCACCGGCACAGCCACCCGCACCACCAGCACCACCACCACAAACCGCGCAAGGAGCGGCGAAAACGCCGCCAGCGCCUCCGGCUGGACUGGAUGGAGGAGGGCCACUACUUCUAGAGCCGGGCGAGCACAACGGGGUCCCCGGGGGGUGUGGUGGCGCCCCCCGGCCCCGUCCCAGCCCCUCCCGCCCCCCUUUUUUAGCCCCCUUUUGGCUUUAGCUCCUUAGGAUGCCCGGCCCCGUAGGGAAUAGGAUCCGGAGGGGGCGGCUGCGUGUGCGCCCCCAGCCCUCCCUGCAUGUCCCGCGCUCAGCCCCCGGCCCGGGCUGGGCCCCCAGCCCCGCACGGGGACCCCCAAGCUGGGCUCUGUCCCUGUCCCCAGAGCGGGGCUGGGUCAGGCAGCCCCCCUGUCCCACCCGGGGCGGCUCUGGUUUUUUAGCAGCCCCCCCUCCCCAUUUCCCCGCCCCAGCUCCCCGGGGCGUCCCCGCGGCCGGCGCGGCUGGGGCGGGGGGGACACGGCGGCUGCGGGGUCUCUGUCCCGCUCUGGGGGUGCUCGGUUUGGUUCUGUCCCCUCUCCGCUCGUUUCGGGUCCCCGUUGGAGUUGGCGUGUGUGUGUGUGUGUGCGGCGCUUUCCGAUCUCUGCUGUUUGCGACGUGACUGCCGUGUCCCCUCCCCGCCCCCCUCCUGGCGCCCCCUCCCCAUUUCUGACUCUGCCUUUCUGUACUGCUGGACAUUUUAAUAAAUUUUUUUAACAGUU